AAAAAACAAGCAAAAUAAUGAAAUACACUAUCGACCAACGCGAUUGCCAUUCCUACCCUUUCACACACAUUAGUAGAAAUUACGUGUUAACUACUUUACCUCAUCACACCGCGAAGAAUCUCUGCUUAUUUUAAAGAACCUUCUUGAUUUUGAACUAAGUGGUGUUGUUAGGUUAAUGUUUACACCUCUUCCUGGAAACAACAACAUUGCUUACGAUCCAAACAAUCAUGUUCCGGAAAACCGACGUCGAGAGUGGUGGUGGUGGCGGUGGUUCUUCUAGAACCCUCUACCCCACCAUGCUCGAGAAUCCUCAACUACGGUGGUCCUUCAUACGCAAAGUCUACUCCAUCAUCACCUUCCAGUUACUCCUCACCGUCGCCGUUGCCUCCGUCGUUGUUUUCGUUCGCCCCGUCGCUAACUUCUUCGUCGGUUCCACCCAAGGCUUGAUUGUCCUCAUGAUUGUGCCAUUCAUCACGUUGUGUCCCCUUUACUGUUAUCGCCAGAAACACCCUCUCAAUUACUUCCUCCUCUUGAUUUUCACUGUUACUCUAGCUUUUGCUGUUGGACUAAGCUGUGCCUUUGUCAGUGGGAAAGUGAUUCUGGAAGCUUUCAUAUUGACUACUGUGGUGGUGAUCAGCCUAACACUCUACACAUUUUGGGCCGCAAGGAGAGGUCAUGAUUUCAGCUUUUUGGGCCCCUUCUUGUUUGGAGCACUACUAGUACUUAUUGUCUUUGCCCUGAUUCAGAUUCUCUUCCCACUUGGUAAGUUGGGACACAUGAUCUAUGGUUGCCUGGCCGCAAUUAUAUUUUGUGGCUACAUCGUCUAUGAUACAGACAACCUGAUCAAGAGGUUCUCCUAUGAUGAUUACAUCUGGGCUUCAGUCUGCCUCUAUCUAGACAUCAUAAACCUCUUCCUCUCUCUGGUCACUGUUUUUAGAGCUGCAGAUUGACAAUGUGUAUGGAUAACUGUGUUCGGAUACACGUUGGAACGGAAGUAAUCACUUAGUUUGGUAGCUUAGCAUAGCUUCACUAAGAACAUACCCCUGUAUAGUUAGACCAAUGGGCAUAUAAUUGCAGCUGCAUAUAUUCCUUACUUACAACAUUAUUGAAAAUAGUUCUCAUCUAGUUAUAAUUCAAUGUAAUUGCCCCCUGCUGGAAUUUUGCAGAGUUGGAAACAAAAUUUACUACUGUCAA